GUAUGUCUUUUUGUUUUAAUCACACUUUACACACCACUUACUCGCACAGAUGUAUGAAUUUGACGUUCGGUUGGCUCAAGUUGCGGAUCUGGAUGAGAUUAACAAGCUAAUCCGAUCGCCGGGUGUCAGGUGGUUCGGCAAUAUCCGCCCCAAGUUUCGGGGCAAACACACCCUCUUUCAUUCCUAUCAGACCUACAGGAUGGUGGCCCUUUGCAGGCAAUCCUCUGAGCUGGUGGCCUACGCCGAAGUCCGGAAUUAUCCGUCCAUCUCCGCCCUGCCCACAGAUUGCUGGCUCGAGUGGCUAUCCGUCAGAUACUGUUUAACAGUGUCCAUCAGCUGGCUGAAUGCGUUGUUCUUCAACUUUUGCAUCUACAAGAGCGAGUACUCCGCGGUUCUCGUUGAAAUCGUCAAGGAGGUGUUGUACAGGGAGAACAGGGUUUGGUAUCUGAUCGCAGUGAGGACUCCGUAUGUGCGACAACCCUUCCACUUCAAUGAGACCUUUGACGACUUGGAAAAAAUUGCCAAGGUGUAUUAUCCGAGGGAGUUUAGCACGGAGAACAACCCUAAUACGCAGUCAUUGUGCAUUGUGCAUCGGUUCGACAUCCUGCGCAAGAUUACCUACCGGAAGGCACUACCUGAGGACAAUGAUGAAAUCAUCGCCCUCCAAGCGAUCGAGAUGCCGAAACUCCGAGAGGAGCUGGGUGAAUUCUACAUAGCCGAGGAGGUGAUGAGGCAGGAUGCCGAUGCCGAGAAGAGCUUGCUCGUCGUAGCCGAGACUGCCAACCAGUGCGAGGAGACCGACAUAGCCAUCUUUCUGUGGCUGACCACGGACAUAGACAUCCUCUUCUAUGUGCGCAACUACGAGGUGGAACAAUUCGGCAACCUGGUGAAACCUGCGGAUAGCAAGUCCUUUCACUAUGAGACGUUGACGGUGUCCUCGGUUCAACGAAGAGCGGAGGCCAGUAUGUUUACCACAGAUGCCCUGGAAGACUUGGAUGCCAUGACUAUCCUGGGAGGUCUGCAGAGAAUUGACAGCGGUAUGAGUGUGGCCAGCGCCGGAAAGAUGAAGGUAAGUUCCAUCGGUGGGACUAUUGACGACACAGUUACGGCGGGCGAAAACAAGUUUUUUAUGCGAGAAGGCCUAUACUCCAAGUUCAAGUACAUCCUUGAGAAACUUCGCAGCACCGAGUACUACUUGCGGCACGAGCAGAGCGUGAUGAAUUUCAUAUAUCCUGCCGGAAAAGAGCCUGCAGGACCGGCAGCCAGGGAGGCGGCUUCCAACGUCUUCGUCCUGAAGUGCAUUGUGGCGCGACCGGACUUUCCCCUGCCCCGUCUCUUCAACGCAAUGGUGGCGAUGUUCGGGGCAUAUCCGGAUAGGGACUACUGCAUGAUGGUCAUGACCGCUAAGAAGAAGGCCAACAAGAGCUACCUGGAGGUGUUGCAAUACUUCAUGCCCGUGGUCUCCAGACCAAGUAACGUGAGCAAUAUCGACGAGGUGUACAUAACCCAUCGGAGCACCAUCUUUGGGGAUAUUAGCCUGUACAAGCUGGAAAAGGAGGAUGUGUCCUUGGUGCACAAAAUGGCCCUGGGAAACUUGGACAAAGAUGUACAUUCCGCCGACUCUAGUUCCAGCAGCUUCUCGUACUGCUCCAAGAUUAACGAGCGGGAGGAACUGGAGCACGAGCUUCGUUUCCUGGAUGCCAUAAUGAAGGAUGUGCUGGAGAACGAGUUCAGUGAAUUUUCGGUCUUCACGAUUCGAUGUGGAAACUCCACGAGACCGGCCAAGGAAAACACUUCCAUUGGGUUUGUGGUGCUGCGGCAGUUCCACAGCUAUGCCAAGCUCUUCGACCACUACCACCUGCCCAGGCACGACAACCAUUUGGAUCGACGAAGGGCCGAGAUCAUAGCGGUGCGACUGCACCCCCUCUUCUUGGUCAGCGCCGAUCUGAUCUUCAGAGACUUGGCCAGGAAGACUAACUUCUGCGACUUUUAUUUCAUCAGUGCUUUCGAUGGUUACAAGUACAGCAACGACCUGAAGAAAAUGAUGAUGGUCAUAGAGCCGAAAUCCGUUAAGAAGGCGCCGGUGUUUUCCGGAGUCAAUGUAGAUCAGAAGAAGCCCAAAAGCCGGUUGCAUGUGCCCAUGCCCAACUUCGCCAAGGAUUACCUGAUCAUCUACCGGCACAAGCUCAAUCCGGUCAAGUGGUUCACCAACAGCAGGAAGCUGGUUGUUAUUGGAUUCGGUGCACUGACCAAGGCUUUCCUGAGACUGCUCGUCUUUCAGUGGAACAGCAAGGACCACAAAAACUCGGAAAACUACACCUGCUUGAGUCGACUUCAAGUGACAGUAAUAUGUCGGCCGGGAAUUGUGGAGGCGGACUACGACAGCCUUUUCAAGUGCCCCUAUUGCACGAGCACUCUGGGAUGCUAUCUUUCCUACCAGAACGAGUCCUGCUUCGUACGGGAUUGUUGCUUGCGGAUGGACUUGCGGCACUGGGUGCACUUUGUGCCCGGAAAGGUGCAGCAGAUUAAUAGAGAGAAAAAGCUGGUGAAGCUAGAGACCUGCGAAAUACACUACGACACCCUUCUGCUUAUGUGUGACCGAAUGUUUGUGCUUCGCUCCCCGGAAACGCCAAUGGGCACCGGUCGACCCAGCAACCUCGUCGAGCUCAAUUUCCGUCUGAACAAGUUCAUGCUGUUCUACAAGGUCCGGGCUCUCCUGGAGCACAUGCCGCGAACCUACUUGGUCGUGGUGUACGGCUCCAAUCUGUACACCUACGAGUGCAUUGCCUUUCUGAUUGGCCAUGGCGUCGAUUGUUCGCGGAUGAUUUUCGUCCAGCCGCAUCGUUACACCGGCAGGGAGGCGGAUAUGAAGGAAAAGAAUCCCUACUGGGACAAAAACCUGCAGCUCGUCCUGGAUGAAAUCCUCGAGGAUAAAGGCGUCUCGAUCUUUUUGGACUAUGACUUUCACCACUACAACCUGCACAAAUCGUCGGACUUCAUUAUGGAGGUGAUAUUUCAGCAUUUCCCCAGUAGAAAGCAGGCGACCUUCGAAUGUGAUCUGUUUAUCUCCUUUGAGGAGGGACACCUCAACCAAAGGCACAAGAAUUUUCUGAGGUCUGCCAAGAUUGAGUUUGAAGGCAACGAAAUUCUGGUAGACGAGCAAUACAGGACCAAUGAUCCAAACAUCUAUGCAUUUGGCAGCUUUGUCAGGAUCCGGAAGACGCCGAACUACCAGUACAGGUUCGUCAGUGAGCGGGAGCUAUCCCGCAAGAUUUUACACUAUUUGGGAAUUGUUACUCAGAAAAAUUUCGAGGAUCGUUUCUCAGAGCCUCAGCUCUUCCAGGCUAUUCUGCCGCUGCGCUAUUUCAUCACAAAAGUUACCAUGCCACGGAGAUACCUCCAAUCGCACUUGAAUGUCACGGAAAAUUGCAAUAUGACAACUUAUAAGGAUAAUACCUUCUGCCGCGUGGCACUAUCCACGCAUAAGAUAGUGGAUGAGAUCGUGGUGGUGACGAAAAUGGAGUGCCAUUUGGACUUCCUGCACCACUUUUGUGGCAAGCAUGAGCUGCUGCUAAACAAGCUCAGGUCGCGCUUUAAGGCCCGCACGAUUCACAAUUUCCUAAAGUACUUUCAAGAGCCCUGGACGGAGUUGAUCAUGCACGAGAACUUCGAGGACCUUCAGGAGGAAAACAAGGCCUUGCUCACCCCUAUGGCUUCCUCUGCGCUCUCACGUGCAGAGCGCGGGGCCUUGGGGGAUGUCACCGAUAUGGACUUCUUCACGCUGAACAAGCGCUACAUGGAGAUAAAAAUAUUGGACUUCCUGAGAGAGCAUCGACGGGACUUCCGGCAUAAGUUUGCCCUUCCCGAGGAUUUCCACAGAUUGGAUCUGCCCGACUCUGACCGCCACUUGGACACGGAGGAGAGUGAUGUGUCAUCGGACUCGACAGAGACGUAGUUUUCAGAAGCUAAGCAGUCCGUUCCUGUACUUUCCGAUUUGCUUGUGCAGUAGUGCUCCGACUCAAAUACACGUUGAACAAAAUUCAUAAAA